AUGGAUGGGACUGAAGUAGCGAAUAAUGGAACUCAAGAACUGCUGAAGUCUUCUUCAUCUGAUAAACGAUUGAGAGUGCAAAUUACGGAAGGAGAUCUGCUUUGUGUUAAUCAGUGUGGUUUCUACGGUACACCACAAUGGAAAGGGAGAUGCUCGAAGUGUUGGCGAGCUUAUCAAAUGGAGGAGAAGAAAGCACAGUGCUAUACUAAAAAUAGAGAACUUCUAAGUUUCGAGAAAUUUGAAGGACGUCGGAAGCUAUCAACAGAAAGUCGUUCACUUACGUUAAAAUCGAUUCUUCGAAAAUCACCAUCACUAACUGCUAAUUCAAACUCCUCUCAAGAAAUGGUAUUUACAACAUCUGCAUCACAUUCUACACUACCAUCUCCUGUUACACCAAUAAGACAUCGUCUUAGUGAAGAAAGCAGCUCUGCUUAUGAUCGUUUUCACGAGUUUCUUCAAAAUAAUCUUCCGCAAUCAGCUGCUCAUGAAAUAGCUCAGCAAACGCAUCACGCUGUUGAUAAAAUUCUAGAACAGCAGAACGUUAAUAUGGAUGACCUCUCAAGUAUGGUGCAACAUUUUUAUCAGGUUUUAGCAGACAAAAUGCGUCACAACCCCAUUAUAAGUGGUUCAUUGAUUGAUGUGAGUGUUGAAGAAGUAAUGGGAGAAGUAGAGCAAUAUAUAUGUGUACGGGCUUAUAGCACAUUGUUCUGCGCUAGAGCUGACGAAGAAACUGCAGAUCUAUCUUUGCAAGAUAGAAUACGAUCUUUGAAUUGGGUUACAGCUGGUUUUCUGGAAACCACUCUUGAUUUUAGUCAGGAAUCGGUUCGUGAUAAAUUGGAUGAAGCAAUAACUGAGAUUAUUGAUAUGAACAGUCAUCGUGGAGCAGCAGAAAAAUUGCAAUGUUUGGUUCGUUGCUCAAAAAUGAUCUUCGAGGCACUAAAGGAAAGUCGCUCAGGCGCUCCGGCUGGUGCCGAUGAAUAUUUGCCGGUUUUGAUUUUUGUAAUUCUAAAGGGAAAUCCACCACUUAUUCAAUCGAACGUCAAGUUUGUCAGUCGAUUUGCUCUACCUGCCAGGGUUUUAAGUGGCGAGUCAGGUUAUUACUUUACGAAUGUGAGUUGUGCGCUACAAUUUGUGCAGAAUAUGAAUGCCGAAAGCUUAAAAAUGCCAGAAGAAGAAUUUGAAGCGUAUACUUCAGGUCAUCAAGUACCUCCACUAAACGCAAUGAAUAUGGGAUGUAACCAGUCGAUCCGGACUAUGGAAAAUUCCUUGGUACAGGUACGCCAACUACUUGAGAGACAGAAAAAUUUGAAGGGACUCAUGAACGACCUUGAAAUACGUGUGAAAAGGGAAACAGAUGAAUUAUCAGCAGAAGUAGAUAAAAUUCUCAAUACAUAUCCAUCAAAAGAACUAAAGCAUUUAACCGAGCAAGUUAUGAUUGAAGAAGCGAAAUUACUUGAAUCUCUUUCAACGCCAUCGUCCAUUUUACUCAGCACUUCGCAGUCUUCUCGAGAACUUGACAUUGUUGAUAAAGACAGUGGAGAUAUCGAAGAUCAUAGCGAUUAUGAAAAGGAUGCUACUGCAUCUCAACCAUCAUCUGUUCAGAAUUUAUCAUAG